CUGUACUUAACCGCUCCCAUUUUUCCUUUUCAAGCAGACAGGUGUAUGCUGCUCAAAGCAAGUCAUGGCUGCACCAACUCUAUUCUCUCAGAUUAUUCGUCUUUAUUUCCUCAGCAGUCUGGUAUUUCUUUUAAACUUCAGACCACUCCGAGGAGAGCAGCUCCAUGCAUGUAAAGAGUCAGAAUACCAUUAUGAAUAUACUGAAUGCGACAGCAAAGGAACCAGAUGGCGAGUGGCCGUCCCUCAUUUCCCAGGACUUUGCACAGGACUACCAGAUCCAGUAAAAGGAACAGAAUGUUCCUUCUCCUGUUCUGCAGGGCAAUACCUGGACAUGGCAGUGCAAGAAUGUACCCAAUGUGGAAAAGGAACAUACUCUUUGGGGACAGGCGUUCAUUUUGAAGAGUGGACAGAACUUCCACAUGGUUUCAGGAGCUUUUCAAACAACAUAUAUGGAACAGAAUAUGGGAACUGUAACAUGUCACAGUGGGAGGCCCGUGGGGAAUAUGUGGCAUCAAAUACCGAUGAAUGUACAGCAACAUUAAUGUAUUCAGUGAACUUGAAACAGGAAGGAACAGUCAGCUUUGAAUUUGUACAUCCUGACAGCAAUAUUGCUUUUGAAUUCUUUGUUCAAAAUAACCAGUGCCAGCCAAGGGAGGAGAAUUUAAGAUGGAUGAAAACCACUGAAAGCGGAUGGGGUUAUCAUCAAGUAAAACUCACCAAAGGAACUAAUGUACUAUACUGGAGAACAACAGCUUUUUCUAUGGGCAUUAACACACUUAAGCCUGUGUUGUUGAGGAACAUUCUAAUUACAGGUGCUGCAUAUACUUCAGAGUGCUUUCCAUGCAAACCUGGUACAUUUGCACCUAGGAGUGGGGCUUCAUUCUGCCAGCUAUGCCCUAAAAACACUUUUUCAUAUCGUGGGGCCUUCGUUUGCACACCAUGUGAAGCUGAUAAGUAUUCCGUUGCUGGUUCUGCAUCUUGCACACCUCGACCCCCAUGCACAGAUAAAGACUAUUUUUACACUCAUUUGCCAUGUGAUGCCAAUGGAGAGACACAACUGAUAUACAAAUGGAUUGAGCCUAAAAUAUGCAAUAGUACUAUGAAAGGAACUAAAGAACUGCCAAUGUCAGGCACCAAAAUAAAAUGCCCACCUUGUAAUCCUGGCUUCCAUCAAUCCAACAGUACAAUCUGUGAGCCUUGUCCUCAAGGCAUGUUUUCAAAUGGUACCAUCUGCAGGGAGUGCCCAGUUGGAACACAAGCUGCACAAGGUUUUGAGUAUAAAUGGUGGAAUACCCUGCCAUCAAACAUGCACAGCACAGUCAUGAGUGGGCUUAAUUUUGAAUAUCAGCAAGAGGCAGGGUGGGAAGUGGCUGGAGAUUAUAUUUACACAUCUGCUGGGUCUUCAGAUAAUGAUUAUAUGAUACUCACAAUGAACAUUCCUGCCUUCAGCACCCCACAGCAGUCGACUCAAGACAGAGAAAGUAAUGAGGUGUCUCGAAUAACAUUUGUAUUUGAUAUGAAUUGCUCCAUGAACUGCCAGCUUUUCUUUAUGAAGACUGUGAACUUGGAAACAAACACACUGAUAGAAAGUUGGAAUGGCACAAGGGAUAAGCAGUCAUAUAUGCAUCAUUUGAAGAGAAAUGCAAACACUACUUUUUCUUGGGCAUUCCAAAGAACCAGCAUUCGAACGGAUGGUGGUCGCGAAUACACAGCAGAUGUGGCAAAAAUGUACUCAAUAAACAUCACCAACACAAAAGAGGGAGUGGCAUCUUGGUGUAAGCCCUGUGCCCUUGACACUGAUUCUCAGUGCAUUUCCUGUCCUUCGGGUCAUUACAUAGACAAGAAAACAAGCAGCUGCAUUUCUUGCCCGAUAAAAACUUACCUGCCUUCUCAUUUAGUUUUUGGAGAAGAAGCUUGUACAGAAUGUGGCCCGGGAACUAAGAACAAUGAUAUUCAUUCAUUAUGUUUUAAUGAUUGCCACUAUACAACAUCAAUGGGAAGAAGAAAAAUGCAUUAUGAUUUUUCAUUACUUCAGAAUAUGACAACAUUUGCUGGAAAGCCCAGCUUUACAAGCAAAGGGGUGAAAUUUUAUCACCAGUUCAGUAUCAGCCUUUGUGGGAAUCAGGGAAGGAAACUGGCUACAUGUACUCAGAAUGUUUCAGACCCUAGAGGAUUAGAAAAUGAACCAAGGCCAUCUAUAAAUUCCUAUGUCUGCCAGUCUAUUAUUAUGCCAUCAGAUGCAGCAGGUCAAAAUAUUUUUAUGUCUUCACAGCCCAUAGUGCUUGGUGACCAAUUGAUAGGUGUAACAACAGAAACAACGUUGGAAAAAAUCACUUCUCCUGUGGAUUUGUUUCCAGGAGAACAUGCAGACAUAAAAGAUAUUAUAUUCUAUUACAGGUCCAAAGAAGUAACUCAGUCUUGUGUUUUUGGUCGUGCUACUACUAUCCGCCUGCGCUGUAAUCCACUGAAAACUGGUAUUGGCACUGUGUCUGUACCAAGUAACUGCCCAGAAGGAACCUGUGAUGGGUGUGUGUUUCAUUUUCUGUGGGAGACAGAACAGGCAUGUCCUCUCUGCACUGAAAAUGAUUUCCAUAUCAUCACAAGUGCAUGCCAACAUGGUGUCCAGAAAACAACCCCUGUUUGGCUUACACCACGACUCUGUGUUAGAGGUAUUGAUCUUCCACCUCAGACUAUUAGUAUCUGUAAAACUCCAGAUUUCUGGCUGAAGAUUGGUGUGAUCAGUGGUAUUUGUUCUGCACUUUUGCUCACUGUGCUCACUGGUUACUUUUGGAGGAAAAAUCAAAACUUAGAGUACAAAUAUUCACGACUGAUGAUGAAUGGUCCAUCCAAAGAGGGUGAACUUCCAGCAGCUGACAGCUGUGCUAUUAUGGAAGGAGAGGAUGCAGAAGAUGAGUUGUUAUAUAGCACCCGUCAUUCCAUAUUACGCAAGUUUAGAUUAUUUUCUGAAAAGAGAACAUCAGAUGGAUUUGACUGUGUCCCUUUAAAAUCAUCAGGAGAACAUAUGGACAUGUAGAAAAAGCUAAACAAUUAUCAGCUUAUUACAUGAAAUGGUUUAAACUGUGAGGCAGAUCUCUGUAAAACAGAGCAACAUAAUGGUUAUUUUGCUAUUUAUUAAGCAGUCCUACUGUUAUGUAAUAUACAAAAUAAGGUUUAUUAGAAACAAAAGCACAGCCAUGUAAAUGAGCUCCUAGAAUAGGCAUUUUCAACAUUGUUACUGCUGGGAACACCUAAUAAUUUACUCUUUACUCAAUACUCUUGGAAAACCCCUGCUCCCUUUUCUGCCUCAAAGAACCUUAGCAUAUAGGAAGGUAAAUCAUUCUGUCUUUUAUGCCUAUCUGUAUAUUCGAUCCAUGAUGGAUAGUGUUGACUGCUGUGCUAAGCAGCUUUAACCUGAACAAGUUUCAGGUAACCAUGGUUGGCUACAUACAAGUUUAAUAUGGUUGCAUUUUGUGUCUGUAUAAGGCUACGCUUCCACACAGGGUUUUUUUUCUGGCAUUUUUCAGAAAACUGUCACUGUAGUUUUUGAACCAAUGUCAGAAGUGGAUCCAGUAGGAAGGGAAAGUAUAAGCCCUACCUGUAUAUCUCCCAUUCCUUUUGAAUACACUUCUGGCUUUGGCUCAAAUAAUGCAGUGACCGUUUUCCAAAAACUGUGUGGAAACCUAUCCUUAUAGGCAUUCUGAAUGAUGUCAUCAUAGAUCACUAUGAUGAUGUCAGACUGUGUAGACCUCACAGUCAGGCUGUGGCUUGCAACCAUAUUAGUCUAGGGUUAAACUUGGCUUUAGGAUACAUUCACACUGGUAGAUUAGAUGCAAACAUUUUUUCAACUUUUCAUUUUCACCGGAAUGGGUCUUGCAGAAAUUCCCACACAUGCUGCUUAAACAACCCCAAUUAUAUGCAUGUAACCUAUACAUGGCCUAAGGAUAUGUUCACAUGUUCAGGUUUUUAAUUUGAAUUAUUAAAAACAAAGCCAGGAAUGGAUUUGAAAAUAUGAGAAAUGUCCAUUUCCUUUAUCCUCCAUUUAUGAUCCAUUCCUGGCUUUGUAUUCAGCAAUUACAAUUAAAAACCUGAAUUGAUGUCUAAUAUUGUUGCUCAGCUCUACUGAAGUAAAGAGGGCUGAGCUGCAAUAUCGCAUACAUCCUGUGAACAGGUGUAUGAAGCUCUUGAAAGAAAACCGCAAUUGUUUUAAAGUAUCACUAUAUUUCUCAUAUGCAUCUUGUAAAACACCUUUAACACUAUUACAGACACCAUCAGCUGUAGUAAAAAUACAAAUUUGUAAAUUAAAAAAAUAUAUAUAUCUCUAUAUAUAAGUACAGCAUGAGCAAAAGGUGAAGAAGAAUGCUCAUUAUGUAAUCUGUUGGAUCUUAAAAGGGUUCCCUUGAUCAUUAAAUGUUAUGGCAUAUUGAUAGUGCAUACGGUUCUAAAAAGACCUUCUAAAGAAUAGAGUAACACCUGAAAGCUUCAGAAUUAAUUUUCUUGCACAUAAAUUGUAUGUUCUGCCAAAACCUGUGUGGGAACAUUUUGUACUUUUUAGGGUAGGGUCACACGGAACAAAUCUGCAGCGUAUUUUACGCUGCAUAUCCAACGAUGACUAACCCUACAGUCUGCCUCCAGCUGUGCCUGCUCGUAGUGGCAAUCUGCCGCUACGAGCAGACACACAGUGUUCUGUGAGUCGUGGCACACAUGCAGUGUACUUGCACACAUCGUGGCUGCUCUCGGCCUAGCUAACUGAGCAGGGGGAGCAGCAGUGAUGUUUGCGAGCAC